UUUCUUUCCAACCACGCUCGUUUAUUCUAUUUUUACGCACUCGUUAUGCCAUCAUGAUUCCCAAAGGAUAUUACCGUCUUUCUUUCUCGCACCUUGUUUUUUACGUCUCUACCUUUGUAAUCGCCAUACAACUCUAUUUCAUAUGGGGCCAGUCCAAGUGGAACUACGGCUUCAGCCCUCGGUAUUCGCACCGCGGCUGGGUUUUCAACCCCGACCUUCACGCCAACAUACACACUCUUAGCCAGGACCAGUGCGAUGCCGCCUUUCCCCAGCUGUACCACAGCCUCGAACACUCCGUGCGUUUGCGUCAGGGAAACAAGGUCCAUGCCAAGGAUAUCGAGAUAGAAGCCGGAAGAUGUAUGCUGAGGGUUCUGGUGCAUCAGGGAGAGCUCUUUGUCAUCGAUGCCGGAAAGCCAGAGGAAUGCUACGUCACCAACGGAAACGAGCGGGAACGUAUUCUUGGAACCCUUGCCCAGAUUGACCGUGCUGUCACCACCGCCUCCAUGUCUGACCCUCCAGUCCCCAAUGUUGAAUUUUCGCUUUCUCUGGAUGACCUGCCCCGCCGAUCUCGCGACAAGGGAACUUUCUUCGGCUACACACGCAAGGAAGGCCCAGAGUACAAGGACAUCUGGAUGAUGCCAAACUAUGCUUACUGGGCCUGGAACUACACGCAUGCCCCUAGUUGGAACAGCAUCAGGAAGGAGAUUGAGCACCAGGAAUCCGAGUUGCCGUGGGCGAAGAAGGACCCUCGAGUUGUCUGGCGAGGCAAAAUCAAAAUGGCAACACUGAGAAAGGAGCUCGUCAGGGUCAGCCAAGGGAAGGCGUGGAGCGACAUCAAGCCAGUGGUCAUCAACAACGCCAGCGACCCGCACACAAAGGACGUCAUGAACCUACGGGAUUUCUGCGGGUACAAGUACACCGUCCAGACCGAAGGAACUUCUUACUCCGGCCGUCUCAAGUACCUCCAGCUCUGCCGUUCAGCUCUGAUUACGCAUCCAUUGGAAUGGCAAGAAUUCCACACGCAUCUGAUGCGUCUCGCCGGUCCCGACGUAAACUACAUUGAAGCCUCUGAAAACUUUGGAAACCUCGAGUCGGCCAUGGAGUACUACCGUGAGCACGACGACGAGGCAGAACUCAUCGCCAAGAACAGUUACGAGACCUUUACAAGAAGAUAUCUUACGCCAGCAGCAGUGACAUGCUAUUGGAGGCGACUAUUCUGGGCAUGGGCGAGUGUACAGGGAUACGAUCCACAGCUGUACGACACUGGAAAAGAUGGCAAAAAGGUCAUAAGAGGCACGCCCUGGACGGCUUUCGCUGCGAAUUGGCCAAAGAACCCGGAGGCCAUUCCUUGAUAUCUUGAGGCUAGGGGACAUUUUACGUUUGCAUUAGCAUUGGAGUACCGGGGUUAUACUUUCGUACGAUACCCGCAUUUACACGCCCGAAUACCUAGUAAGAAUAUUAAUAAUGCCACGCUACAAGCCGUUGCCGAGACUGCACCUGUCGCUCGAGCCUCAAAUCUCCACG